GAUCAGAUAGCACACAGGCGGACUGCUGUAUAUAAGAGCAGCACCCUUGAGUCUAGGAGACUGGUUCGGAAUAAUUCAUCAAAUACAGCUUGGUUAAUUUUCCCUUUGCAGAUCAUUUAAUACUAGCAGCUUCAAUGUGUAAGGGGCUCUCCUACCUGCCUUCCUCAUGUCUGGAGAAGGCAAAAGAGAUGCGGGUGAAGCUAAGCCACCUGGCUGAGACCCACCACAAGAACAAGACUCAGGAUGGAAGAAUUCUGCAAGACUUGGAAACUCUGCUAAACAGCAAAAGUGGUUUGCAGGCCUUUCGGGCGUUCCUGCGCUCCGAGUUCAGUGAGGAGAACCUUCAGUUCUGGCUGGCUUGCGAGGACUACAGGGUUUCCCCUUCAAACCUGCAGAAGACCAAGGCCUGCAGUAUCUACAACCAGUUUAUCAACCCUGACGCCCCACUGGAGGUAAACCUGGAUGCUGAGACCCGGGAGGCUCUGCUGAGUGUGAUGGACUCUCCAUGUCCCAAAACAUUCAACAAAGCACAGCAGAGGAUCUACAGUCUGAUGGCCAAGGACUCCUUCCCUCGUUUCCUGCGCUCACAUCACUGCAUGGAGGCCGUUAAGGCUUUUUAAACAUGCUCGGAUUAGUACUAGAGACCUGCUUUAGAAAUAAGUGCUGGUGAAUCUGUACUGCUUCAAUUGUUGAUUGUAUUUUAGCAAUUAAUCUAACAUAUGUGAUCAUGUUAACCAUAAGGUAGUGCUGUCCUUAUAUGCACAGUAUACUAUCAGUAAGCUUUAACGUUGUAACCUCAUAAUUAUCAAACUUAAAUGUAGAUGUUGCACCUCUGCAUGGCUACAAAUUAAAUCCAGCAAAAGGAUUUAAAUAAAUACCUCAUAACAGAGAACUCUUGUACCUUCUCUGCGGUCUUUCUCAGCAUCCUUUGUCCAUCCCUCCUCUGCACACGUCCAAACCAUUUCAGUCUUGCCUGUCUAACUUUGUCUCCAAUCACUACAACACAUGUGCUUACGUUAGAAAAGCACCAGUAAACGUGCAACCAUGUCUGAGCAUGCAGCUAUUGUCAGCAUGGCUGGAGUCUGACUGGGCGAGAGGCAUUUAAAAAUGAUUUUGCUGCUUUUAUUUGACCUGUUUACAUUUUCACUGUGAUCUGGAAAAGGCUGUGGGGACCUGCCAAUCAUAUUUAAAGUUGUCAGUGUGAACAUGAGCAGGACAGAUUCUUUUGUCCUUGUAAAAUUCUUAU